GAGCCUUUUUCCACAUUUCAGGGGAGAGAGUGCCCUUCUGCUGCUGCUGCUGCCGCUCUCUCUGUCACUUCACAGAAUGGUUUGGGCUGAGCCACAGUAAGGGGAACAGAAAGUGGGGGUUUUAUUUUGCACGGAGAACGCAUGGACCUACUGGCAUGUGUGCGUAAAUAGUUAUAGUCUGCCGAACGCUUUACAGCAUCUCUAAUCCUCUGCUGAGAACCACCAUCCAGAAUGGACCUUUGAUAUCUGCCAGAGACUGCUCCCAGACAGGAAAUAAGAGAAAUGCACUGAGAUGGGACCUGACCCCUGAUGAUAUCCAGAUUUCUACAGAUAGCUUGAUAAACAGAGUAAAGGCUGUCUAUGAUGACAUAGGAUCUGUAAAGAUAGAACAUGUUUCAGUUGAAAACACACUGAAAGCCUUGGCUCAUGCCAAGCUGGAUUAUGCAUCAUCGCUCCAUAUGCUUGAUUUCCCGCAGUACGUCUGUCCUUCUAAAGACGUUCGGACAGCGAGCACAGAGGCCGACAAGAAGCUGUCUGAGUUUGACGUGGAGAUAAGUAUGAGGGAAGACGUUUUCCAGCGAAUUACAGCGCUGCAGAAAAAGAUCCAAGAUAACCUUUCACCUGAAGAGAAGAGGUUCUUAGACAGACUUGUAACAUUGGGCAAGCGGAAAGGACUGCACUUGUCUAAAGAUAUGCAAGAGGAAAUAAAAAGAACAUCCAAGCUUAUAUGUGAACUCUCCAUAGAGUUCAACAAGAAUCUGAAUGAGGACAAUACGUUUCUUGAUUUUUCUGAGAAUGAACUCGGUGGGCUUGCUGACAGCUUCCUCAAUGGACUGGACAAGACACCAAAUGGGCGGUAUAAGGUGACACUUGAAUAUCCCCAUUACUUCCCGCUGAUGAAGAGGUGUUAUAACCCUGAGACCAGGAGGAAGAUGGAAACAGCUUUUCACAGCAAGUGUAAAGACGUUAACACAGCGAUCCUGGAACAAUUGAUACAGCUGAAGGCAAAGGUGGCAGACUUACUUGGUUACAGUAGCCAUGUGAACUAUGUGCUGGAGGUUAACAUGGCAAAGAAUGCAAGCAACGUGUCUGACUUCUUAGAUACCUUCUAUGAAACACUGAAGCCAAUAGGAAUCAAAGAGAGGAAAUAUAUUCUUGCACUAAAGAAGCGUGAGUGCUUGAUGAAGGGCUACCAGUAUGAUGGACAGAUCAAUGCCUGGGACUUACCCUACUACAUGAAUCAAGUGGAGCAGUGCAAGUUUGCUGUGAACAAAGACAAACUCAUUGAGUAUUUCCCUCUUGACGUGGUGACAGAGGGACUGUUUGGUAUCUACCAGGAGCUGCUGGGUCUCACAUUCACACAGGUGGAACACGCUAAUGUGUGGCAUGAAAAUGUCAAGCUUUAUUCUGCCCAGGACACUGAAACUGGAGAGGAGAUUGGCCAGUUCUACAUGGACUUGCAUCCUAGGGAAGGAAAGUAUGGCCAUGCAGCGUGCUUCGGACUGCAGCCCGGCUGCAGGGCACCUGAUGGAGAACGCAGGCUUCCAGUGGCAGCCUGCGUGGCUAAUUUUACCAAGCCCAGAAAAGGUUGGCCCUCUCUCCUCCAACACCAUGAAGUGGAGACUUAUUUCCAUGAGUUUGGUCAUGUUAUGCAUGAGCUCUGUUCUAAGACAUCUUUUUCAGAAUUCAGUGGAACCCUGGUGGAGACAGACUUUGUGGAGGUGCCGUCGCAGAUGCUUGAGAACUGGGUUUGGGAGAAGGAGCCUCUGAGGAGAAUGUCCCGCCAUUACAAGGACGGCAGCCCAAUCCCAGACAACCUGCUCGACAAACUGAUUGCAUCUAGAGUCGCCAACACUGGACUGAUGAACCUGCGGCAGGUUGUCCUCGGUAAAGUGGAUCAAUUUCUACACAGCUGCCCAGAUGCUGAUACAGCUGAGGUGUUUGCAAAGUACUGCAAGGACAUCCUGGGUGUUCCUGCUACACCAGGUACCAAUAUGACCGCCAGUUUCAGUCACUUGGUUGGAGGAUAUGAUGGACAGUACUACAGCUAUCUGUGGAGUGAAGUUUACUCCAUGGACAUUUAUUUCAGCCAUUUUAAAAAGGAAGGCAUUAUGAAUCCAAAGGUUGGAAAAGAGUACAGAAGGGUGAUCCUUGAAGCUGGUGGAUCUGUGGAUGGCAUGGACAUGCUGAAGACCUUCCUCGGCCGUGACCCAUGCCAGGACGCCUUCUUUCAGAGCAAAGGACUGAUUAAGUCGCAGAAAACACAGACUUUGUAAUUUGAUAAAUAUACUGUAAAAGGUUUUUGGUCAAACAAUUUAAUAUAUUUUUACUUUUUGUAUGGCGAUCCACCUCAAAAAAAUGACUUUGCUUGAAGUGUAUUGAACAACUGGAUCAUUUCUACCUGUUGGCAUUUGUUCAAAUAUACUGUAGAUCAUGGAGGGUCCUCAUAAUUGCAUGUACAAUUGUGUAAGUGUUAAUAAUAACAUUUACACUGGUUUUGUUGUAUUGAAGUGUCCUAGUAAGCCAUAGCAAAAUAAAGCAAACCUAUGACCCUA